GUAAGGAUGUCAUCGAGCUCCGAGAAUCUGAACUUGAACCUGAAAACGGAAGUUGACGGAACGGAAGUGAAAACGUCGACAGUCGAAACUGUAGUCUCUAUAAGGCAAACUUCCGAUUCCAGGGAAACAUGGGAUAAAAAAAUCGAAUUUUUAUUAGCCGUGAUUGGUUUUGCUGUGGAUUUGGGUAAUGUUUGGCGAUUUCCUUACAUUUGUUACCGAAACGGAGGAGGUGCUUUUCUCAUACCAUAUGUUAUCAUGUUAAUAUUUGGAGGUUUACCUUUGUUCUAUUUGGAGCUAGCGCUUGGACAGUAUUACAGGAAUGGUUGUCUUACAAUUUGGCAAAAAUUGUGCCCUAUGAUGAAAGGAAGAAUAAUUAUAACAUUUGCCAUUUGGAGCAGCUCUUUUUCAAUCACUUUCAAAUAG